CUUGUCCAUAUGAGACACAACGCAGCUACUAAAAAAAGGUCUGGAAUACGUACUUUUUACUUUAUUCUAAAGAAAAUCUCAAAGCUUCAGUUGUCAAGUAAGAGCAUCUUCAAACAUUUGUUCUGCUCGUACCGUUAGAACCAAGAAUUAAAUAAAAUGUCUUCCUGCUCAACUUUCUGUAAAAUCUCCCUUCCCAACUGAAUCGCUCCUUCUUCACUGGUCCUCUUUUGCUGAUUUUUCUCAAUGGCCAUCAAUGAUGCAAAAGUGAAAGGGUCUUUGCCAUCAGGAUUGGUGAAUCCUGCAUCUCCAACAAGCAUGACAGAUACUCGUAACGGGAGACGAUAUCAGCGUGGUAAACGCGCUGUUCCUGCUCGUUCUUCUUUCUCCAUGCAGACAAUACUAACAACUGUUCCUGCUCGUUCUUGUUUCUCCAUGCAGACAACAAUUAGUAGUGCUUCUACUAGGUGUAAAUCCAUCAUUGAGAAAAUAGACCCUAAUCUAAUGCAUGUAGCCAUAUUCUUGGCCGUAUAUAUGGUAGUAGGAACAUUGUGCUUCUAUAAUCUGAGACCCCAGAUGAAAGGAGAGAAAACAAAUGCAAUUAUUGACACCGUCUACUUCUGUAUUGUAACAAUGGCCACUGUCGGAUAUGGAGACCUUGUGCCUGACAGUGUCCUCACAAAACUACUGGCCUGCGUUUUUGCCUUCACAGGACUGGCACUGGUUGGAUUAGUCCUGAGCAGAGCAGCAGACGCUUUGGUCAAGAAGCAUGAAGAUUUGCUAGUAAAAGCUUUACAGAUGUAUCAGAGUUGCGGUCCAAGUGAAGAAACUAACAAAGAGGUUAAGAUCAAGGGAGUGAGAUACAAGUGUUUGUUGGUCUUUAUGCUUCUUGUGGUGCUCAUAAUUACUGGGACAACAUUCCUAGCUACGGUUGAGAAGUUGGACCUCAUUGAUGCAUUUUACUGUGUUUGUAUCACUAUCACAACCCUUGGAUACGGAGAUCAGAGCUUCAAAACCAAAGGAGGGCGUGUUUUUGCAGUGUUUUGGAUACUCAUUAGCACCAUUACUUUGGCUCAGUUUUUCGCCUACGUUGCUGAGCUAAAAACUGAGAGCAGACAUAGGGAAUUGUUCGAGAGGGUUCUUGGUCGGAAGAUGACAGAAGAUGAUCUGGAGAAAGCGGAUGUUAAUGACGAUAGUUCUUUGGAGACUGCUGAGUUCAUCCUGUAUAUGCUUCAAGAAAUGGGGAAGAUUAGCAAAGAGGACAUAUCUCUUGUGAAGGAGGAGUUGGAACGGCUUGAUGCUGAUCAAUCAAGAACCUUGUCAGCGUCUGAUAUAAUGGUUCAAGCAGACAGAGUGGCUCUACCUAUGUGAAAGUGUCACAUCACCGAUGAUGAUGAUCAACUCGACAACUCCUGAGAAACAAGGGGGAAAGAAAUAGUGAACUUUGUAAUUAAGUUUCUAACAUCGACUUCAUAUCUUAGCUCUGUCGUUGUAAUAAGUUCCUCAAAUAUCAGAACUACUUUCUUCCCAUUUAUCUAAAGAACUGCUAAACUAGCUAGGCCUUUCCAGAACAUGAUGUAGACAUCUCCUCUUCUUCCUUGUAAAGAUCACAGACAGAUCUGAUUAAAGAUGAUAAGCUUCUGAUUAAAGAUGAAGAAAUUUAUGAUCA